AUGGAUAACGUCCAUUACUCGCUCUCUGCUGAGCAGCUUGAGAGUUUCCAGGAGCGUGGAUACCUACUGAUCCAUGGUUUUUUCACUUCAGAGGAAUCAGAGCUGUUGCGAGAAUGGGCGCAGGGAGUCCACGAUCUUCCAUGCACCCCUGACGUGCCCUGGAUGUCCUACCAAGAGGUGAAUUCGGAAGGCAAACACGUGCUAUGUCGGACUGAAAACUUUGCCAACUCGCAUGCCGGAUUCGACAGCUUCCUCCGAGGGCAGCGUGCAACAAGUGUUCUACAACAGCUCGCAGGAGAGGAGAUGCUUCUCUUCAAAGAGAAGAUUAACUAUAAGUUGGCCGGAAGUGGCGGUUUUAAACCUCAUAUCGACGCAAGUGCCUACACACAUGUUAAAAACAUCAAGCAUUUGACAAUCCUUGCGGCAGUCGAUGAAAUGAAUGCUGCCAAUGGAGGUCUGGAAGUGGUGGACGGCAGCCACCGCAUGGAUAUUCCUUUCGGCAGUGAUCGCCGCAUUGCAUCUGAUUGGGUCGAAAGCAAUGUCUGGACACCAGCCGAGCUUGAUUCAGGUAUGCAGAUGGAGAAGCUCCCCAAUGCUUUCAUCGCAGUUUCACUAAUGGGAGUAGGAGAUAUCUUGAUUUUUGGUUUGUAUCUGGCCCAUCGCAGUGGCCCCAAUGUUAGCUCUAAGGACCGGCGUGUGAUCUAUGCAACAUAUAACUGUGCCGCUGAAGGCGAUCUUCACGACCAGUACUAUUGCGACCGUCAAAAACUCUGGCCUGCAACACACAUGCGGGAAGGCGGACAGUCGUAUGAGGAAGGUCGUGUGGGAUAUGCCUUCGGGUCCCCUAUGGUAACUGUGGAUUCUAAAGUCUCGGCCUGA